ACUUCCUGUUUGGCACGUUCUACCAGGUGUGUCACACAAUGAGGGGGAGCAAGGGGCUUUCAAUUUAUGUUGGUGGUUCUUGUGGCCCCAGCGUCCCCGUUUUACUUACUUACUGAACUCAGUAAAGCAGGAAGGCCCGAUGUCAUUUGGUCUUCUUCUUUCUUGAGCUAUGUGUGAGUGUGGGGACAUGUUUACUCAGUGAGCUCCGGCUCAACCUGUCUGAUCAGUGCAUGCUGGCCGUGCAGGUAUGAACACACACUCAGCAAGUGCCUGAGAGGAGGCACCAGGAAGACUCUGAGAAAAUGCCGGGAUCACUACUUGGCAACGACUAAAAAACCAAACGAGAACAUCAAGUGGCUUAAAGGAGAUUCUUCUUGCUGCUCUUCAACCAACCGAUGGCUCUGAGAUGCUAAUGUUGCACUACAGGCUCUGGGAUAUCCACGACGUUGCUGUGCUCUUUUGCUUCAUGUUGUACAUGUGUCACCGAGCCGAGGCCAUCACCAUCCAGUCCCCCCAGAGAAGCCUAACCCAGUCUGUGCAGGAGGACGUGUUCUUCUCCAUGAACGUGACCUGCAAUGGCACCCCCACCAUCCAGUGGACCUUCAUGUCCAGCACAGUGAGCCGCGCCAUCGGGAUCUGGCAGCCAGGCGCCUUCAUCAAUAUCACUGCCGACUACACCAGCCGCGUGGAGGCGCACGACAACGGCUCCAUGGUCCUGUCGGAUCUGCGGCUGCAGGACACCGGCUACUACGUGGUGACCGUCACCGACAAGACAGGUGGCAGCAAGGAUGCCGGAUUUGUCCUGAAAGUCAACGAGGUUCUUUACGAGGACCUGCAGUACCUGUCGGUGUCGGCCUUGGCGCUGGGCUGCUUGGCAGCCAUCCUCAUGCUGGCCAUAUGGCUCUUGGACAAAGCCUACACCAAGAUUGUAGCGUGGCGACGGAGGAAGGAGAUGCCAGCAAAUGACGCAACGGAGCUGCAGCCUCUUUGAGACGUUUGCCCAGACUACUUUUUCCACAUGGAAUAGGAAGGACCGUCUUUUUUUUUCUUCAACGCAAUGGCUUUGAUGUACGAAAACUGAGACUGAGGUGCUUGAUUGUUUUUUUUUUUUUUAUACGUGUUCAUCACUGUAAAUAUAAACUGUAUUUAUUGCCAGAGCAUAAGUGAUUGUUUGGAGUAACUGCCUGCUCACUAGGUCACUUGUGUGUUCCCCUCAACAUACACAAGCACGGACUUGCACACAACAUUGGUCAUGUGACAUCAACAAAGGACAAACAACAGAGGCUCUCAAACUUUUUGGGGCCAGGGACCCCAUACAAGAAAUACAUUUCUCAAAUGACCCACUUAUAAUAAAUAUAGCAAAGCAUGGAUACAUAUCUAAAAAUCUAAAUGGCGUAGGAAUUUAACAAAAAAUGUGACUUUUGGGGGGCAAGUCUUGAUAUCUUUUUAUAUAGUCAUGGUUUAACAAGGGAGGAAAGUUGUAUUUUAAUGACAGAAUAAAAUUUCCGGAGAAAUUGCAUGUGAAUGCUAAAGAGCUGAGAAAUAAUUGUUGAAAAUGAGAUUUGAAUUUGGAAUGGUCGGAAUUGGCCAAGAAAUGUGGAAAGAGAAGGGAAAAAUGUGUAAAAUGGGUCUAGAUUGGGGAAUUUCAUUACAAAAAUGUGGGAACUGAUCAAACAGUUCCCCAGAUGUUCCCAAUGACCACAACAGUUUGAAAUUGGAAAAGCUACGUAAAAUGUCUAUUCACAUGGGGAUUUUAUUGUCCAGAUUUGGAGCAGGAAAAUAUGUAAAACGGUCACUAAAUUUGGUAUUUUUUACUGUGAAAAGUUUGUGAUUUGGGAAAAGUGGGAAUUGUGGAAGUUGGAAAAUAGUUCUCAAGAUGUUCUAAAUGUGCUGAGGUCUUUGAAUAUGAAAUGGCAAAGAUGGUGAGGCUUAUUUUGUUCAUUGUCUUAAUUUUGUUUAAAUUGGGCAAUUUUACUGUGAAAACAAAGAGAAUUUGGGGAAGAAGGGAAAUUUGAGAAUGUGGAAACGGAAGUCGUGAUGUUUGAAUGGCAUGAGAAAUGUAGAAGCAGAACCGAGU